CAUACUUACUUCGGUACAAGAGCGCUUCGAUACAUUCACAUGACAGGAAAUCAAUUGUGAAAAAACAGCUUCCUGUUAAAUAUUUUUGAUGACAAUCGACAAUUGAUGAGAUCGAACCGUUUCUAUAUGUUUACGUUGACAAACACCUGUUGGAUUUGUUUUUGAGAAUGCUAACUUACAAUGCCAAAUCUACAACCGCCUUGAAAAUGCAUUAUUACACAUGUUAGCUAUUAAUAACCCUUCCACAUGGAUUAUUGAUCAAAUAUUUGUGAAAAUUUGUUCACCCGACCCAAGCAAGCAUGGAAAUUGAAAAUCUUCCCAUUGAAUUGCUGGAAAAAAUCUUCCAGCUCCUACCUACGGAAGACCUGGAGAGUGUUGCUUUAGUUUGCCUUGCGUGGAAAGAUAUUAUUCUCACGACCAUAAUUCCGAAGUAUGUGACCAUUCACCUAAAACCGGUCCAUCCAGUUACACAUCAACUGAUCACGAUGCCGUCAUUACUGUCCAUGCACUCAAAGAAUCCCUUCGUGAAAUCACAUUACAAAAUCACAAUUUCCAAUGAAGAAUUAGUGCAUUCGCCAGAGUUUAUCGAUUUCUUCAAGCAGUGCGGUUCCAACAUAAAAUACCUCCACCUGCAAGUCAUUCAACUGUCGGAAGAAAUUCUCAAAGCAUUUCCCUAUUUAGAAAACUUGGAAGAACUGUGUUUAACAACCGAAUCCGAUGAACUUUACGCCCCGAAACCGAAGCAUCCUGAAGAUUACCUAUCCGUCUUCAAAAACCUCAAAUCUCUUAACCUUUUCCUCCCCAACUAUUUCAUCCUUCUCAACGCUCCUCUCCUAUCUUCUUGUCCCCUCGCCCGCAUAUGCUUCGAACGCUUCGAAGUAGAUCUGCGCCACCUGAAGCCUCUUCUGCAGCAGCACUCCCCCACCCUACGCGAAGUCACGGUCAAGGUGGAAGAAAUGAAACCCUUCCUACAAUUCCUUAACUCCCUCUCGGAUCUCAAACUGCGCAAACUCAACAUCAAGAGCGGUGGCAACGAGGACGAUUUCACCGAUGCGCUCGUCCAGCUGUUCGACCUACAACCCCAGCUGCGGGUCCUCCGAAUCGGGUCCGAGUUGUCCCUACGAGCUGUUUCGCAAAUUCCGAAGAUGUUGCUCGAAUUGGAGGAACUGGAGCUGAUCGCCGAGAGCAUCCACGACUGCAAGGCAUUCGCCGAGUUGAAGCAGCUUCGCAAGUUAACCAUGUCGCUGUACGACGUCCGCGCUUGGGACGAAACGGCUUCCAUUGAGAGCGUAGUGGACUUUUCGCUUUCCGUGACGUUUCCGCUGGUUUCGCCGGCCGUGUUCUGCUCAUUCCCAAACGCCCGGCGUCUCUAUUUGGAAGACGUUGACGACGAUUCACUCAUGCGAGAUAUCAUCGUGGUUCAGACCUUGAUGGACAAGGUUCAACGGGUAGAGCACUUGGAUUUGGAGAACUAUGUGCUCAAAGAACGUGAAAUUCUGAACGAAAGCGUCCAACGAUUCGACACGAUCGAAGGUUUGAAAACGCUCAAGUACAGCUGCCGGGAUAUGUCGGAUGCGUCGUUGCUGACGAUGGCACUGCCGGAGCUGCGGGAACUCCACCUGACGCACUGUCCUCGGGUGACUUUCAAGGGAGUUUCUUUUUUGGUACGCAACUGUCCGCUGAUCGAAACGCUGCACAUCGAAUACAACAAAGCGGGAUUCAACGACGAUUGUAUGGAUAUUAUAACGAGGAAAUUGACGCGCCUUCGGCGGUUGCAUUUGGUUAAUUUGAAAGGAUUGACCAAUGCGAGCGUGGAGAUUAUUUUGACCAAUUGCAAACGAUUGAGGGAGUUAACAUUUUCCUACUGCAUUGGUAUAACAAUGGACAAGGCGGAUGCUAUUGAGAAACUCAGUGCACUAAAGACAUUGCGCAAUUUAGUCUACAGUUGAAACACUUACGUGGGAGAAUUUAAAUCGUUGGUUUGUCGAAGAUAUCGCAAGGUUAUGCUAUGAAAUAAAACAGUUUAUUGUAUGUUAAAAAUUUCAGUGAAUAUUUUAAUUUAGAUGCUUCAUCUAUACGAUUUAAAGUAUAAAUAAUUAAAAAGCAAAUCAAAUUCAA